GUCAUUUCAGGGUGGACACUCUAUUCGAUUUUACAGGAACUUGGUUACUGGGACGGAGAGGCAACCAAAUAGAAGGGCUUUCUCGUCUCAUCAUGUAGAGAUAAUAAGUAUUGAGCCCAGUUUCAACACGAUAGAUUCAAAUUCGAAUCAACUUCAUCAUAACGUGCCAUGUACUCUCAACAAUGUUCAUGAAUGAGAAAGCCAAAUCAUAUGUACCCAUGGGGAUUCGUUUCUCCUCCACUCCUACGCCUCAUGAAAGAUGCUGUCUGUCUGUUUGUCUGUCUGCCUUCACCAUCUACUAUCUCUCCCUUGGAAGGCUCAGAUCGGCGAAUGGUAUGUCCAUCAUAUACCUCAUCCGAAUGUACUUGCCAGCCUAAUGACAGAUGCCGACAUCACAAAAAGAAUAAUAAGGAAGCAAAGAUCGAAACCGAAGCAGGAAGGGCAGGGAAGAAAGGAAGAUAGGGGAACGCUGCACCACAACAAGAACCACUGCAAAUUGCUGCAUCUGGCGAGAAGAAAAAAGGUUGGGCGAAA